AUCAAGAAGGCCUAUUACCAGUUGGCAAAGAAAUACCACCCUGACACAAACAAGGAUGACCCCAAAGCAAAGGAGAAGUUCUCUCAGCUGGCAGAAGCCUACGAGGUGCUGAGUGACGAGGUGAAGAGGAAGCAGUACGAUGCCUACGGCACGGCGAGCUUCGAGGCUGGCGCGGCUGGGGCCGGGGCUGGGGCUGGCGCAGGGCGGCAGUACUGGAGCAGCGGCCCCUCCAUCGACCCCGAGGAGCUCUUCAGGAAGAUCUUUGGGGAGUUCUCAGGAUCCCCUUUUGGCGAUUUUCAGACUGUCUUUGACCAGCCACAGGAGUAUAUCAUGGAACUGACAUUCACCCAAGCUGCAAAAGGUGUUAACAAGGAGAUUGUGGUGAACAUCCAAGACUCCUGUGUGCGCUGCGAUGGCAAAGGACACGAACCUGGCACCAAAGCUCAGCGCUGUCACUACUGCAAUGGCACAGGCAUGGAGACGAUCAACACAGGCCCGUUCGUGAUGCGCUCCACGUGCCGGCGCUGCGGCGGCCGCGGCUCCAUCAUCACCACGCCCUGCGUCGUGUGCCGGGGCACGGGGCAGACCAAGCAGAAGAAGACAGUGAUGGUUCCUGUGCCAGCUGGUGUUGAGGACGGGCAGACAGUUCGGAUGCCUGUGGGGAAGAAAGAAAUUUUCAUUACGUUCAAGGUUCAGAAGAGCUCUGUGUUCCGACGAAACGGAGCCGAUAUCCACUCGGAUCUCCUGAUCUCAGUAGCUCAGGCCGUGCUGGGAGGCACAGCCCGGUGUCAAGGCUUGUAUGAGACAAUCAACAUCACGAUACCCCCUGGUAUUCAGCCAGACCAGAAAAUUCGAAUGAGUGGGAAAGGCAUUCCCAAGGUCAACAGCUAUGGCUAUGGAGACCACUACAUCCACAUAAAGAUAAAAGUUCCUCAGAGGCUGACAGAUCGCCAGCGAGCCUUAAUGAUGAGCUACGCCGAGGACGAGGCCGACGUGGACGGCACCGUGAACGGGGUCACCAACACAGCAUCAGGAAAGCGUUCUACUGGGAACUAGGAGCCAGCAGCAGCAGGACAUCCAUGCAGUUGGGGGUGAAUCUUUCUGGCAGCCAGGCUCUGGAGACCACAGGAUGUCAGUCAGCAGCAAAGCAAGAAUUGCAGCUGGAGAGCCAUGGACCACCAAGGCACCAACACAAACCCCACCCACUGUCCUAGGAACUGGCAGUGAAGGAAAACACCAGCUUUGCAGAAGUGUGGCUCUCUGGAGGCUGUUCCACAACCCGACUGCUGCUGGAAGCUUAUUUGGUAAAAGUUAAAGUAUUAUUUAGAAUCCAAACCAGAGGAAAUGUGAAAUAAAUAUUCCAGCACAGAGCAGCAGUUUGCUGUACAGAGACCAAGCCCACCAGCUGCUCACUCAGGUGCCCUUUGGAAUGCCAGGUGUGCUUGGUGAACUCUCCAGGAGGCUGGGUGGGUCAGGGAGGUCUAACCUUGUCUUCACGACAGCCCUGCUGCCCUGCACAGCUCUGAGUGGAAUCUCCCCAUGGCUGGGCAUUGUCUGAGCCCAGCUGGCCUGGCUCCCUCACAGCCCUGGGCUUUCUCUAUCCUGCUGAUUGCCUGCACAGAGCAGUGAUGGAAUCUGCACUUUGCCUCAAGUUUAUCCCCCAAAUAACUAAAGUUACCACACAACUGCUGUCGCUUCUGGACUGGUACAAAUCGAUCACUGAGCCCUUUGCCAGUUGGGGACAAAAAUCUUUUAUUACCUUAGUGCAACACCCAUAGUGUAAAGGAUUGGUCAAAGCAUUGUUGUUUUACUUGUGUGAGAGUGCAAGUGAGGUGGAUCACUCCUUCCAGAUGCAGCUGAGCUCUUGCAGUGAGUAUUCCAUGGUUACUGUAGCCUGCUGUGUUUGUGAUACCGUGCAGGUACCAUCAGCCCACCUACUAAUCAGUUCAACACCAGUUAAACAGGGACAUGCUGUAGUCUUGCCCUUCUUAAUUUGCUGAAAUAAAGCACGCGUUGCCUCCUGAUUAAACUUCUGUAAAGUGAUUCUGUACCCAUGUAAAUAAGAUGGACUUCAUAAAGAUAUUUAACAUGU